AUGGAUAUUCCGGCUACAUCCUUAGACGCGGGUCGCAGGGCGGUGUGCGUGGGCUGCCAGCGGCCCAUCAGAGACCGGUUCCUGCUCAGAGUCACCGACGGCCUCUGGCACGAGCAGUGUGCGCGCUGCGCGGCGUGCGGGGACGCGCUCAGGACCUCCUGCUUCCUGCGGGACCGCAAACUUUACUGCAAGCGGGACUAUGAUGGUUUGUUUGCAGUGCAUUGUGGGGGCUGUGGGGACGCCAUCUCCCCUGCAGAGAUGGUGAUGCGCGCAGGGGCUGCUGUGUUCCACCUGCGCUGCUUCACCUGCAGCGUAUGUUGCCGCCGCCUGCAGACAGGAGACAGCUGCGUCCUCAGGGAGGGACAGCUACUCUGCGCUACAGAGGACUUUCACCAGUGUCCGACCAGUCCCACAUCGUCUGACACAGGUAAAACUGAUGACGAUGAAGAAGAAGAGGUAGAGUCCGGGAGGGCUACAGGCAGACGAGGUAAAGCAGAUGAUGUGGAGAGCAAGCGUCCCAAAAGGCCUCGCACUAUUCUGAACACUCAGCAAAGACGGACCUUCAAAGCAUCCUUCGAGGUGUCAUCCAAGCCCUGUCGGAAGGUAAGAGAGACCUUGGCAGCGGAGACUGGUCUGAGCGUCCGGGUCGUGCAGGUCUGGUUCCAGAACCAAAGAGCCAAAAUGAAGAAACUGGCCAGAAGACAGCAGCAGCAGGAGCAGCAGCAGACUCAGGAGCAGUGUGAACACCCCCCACAUCACACAGCGCCCUCCUGUGGCAGUUUGACCUCUGAGCUGAAGCAUCAGGGCCUCCCUUAUGCUCACACUCAGCAGCAGCAUCAGAUGGGACUCUCCACAAUGAACAAGCAGGACUGGGACAUUGACCCGUUCAGACAAGGCCUGACCCCACCUCAGAUGCCUGGUGAUCACAUGCAUCCUUACGGGUUCAAGGGUUUGUACGGGGACAUGGACAGAGACCCUUUGUGUCAUACGGCGGACAGUGACUGCCUCUCUCUGGCUGACUGCUCUCCACUCACCCCUAUCGACCGCCUGUACUCCAUGCAGGACUCAUACUUCACAUCCUGAGAAGAUCUUUUAUCUCCAGAAUGCUUAGGUAGCGGAGUAAUUGGACUGGGAACUAUAAGAGAAGGGACAAGGGUACCUUGUGAUGCCAUGCAAUAUACCAUAUUCACCUCUUUAAGAAGUUCCAAAUUCUUGAAAAUAUGGAAACCGUGCAUGCUUGAUGCUCUCAGACCUCUUUCUAUUGCAACUGAACUUGAGAUAAUGAGUGCCUAAGUGCAUCUAAACCUGUAAAUAGCUGUAUGGGUAUGUGUUUGUAUUUAUUCUCCCAG